UGCCAGGAUGGGUAUAACUACAAACUGUUCUACAGCGUAGACACGGAUAACUUGAAAGCCGUAAGCAAAGAUUCUGACACUGCCUUCGAAAUGCACCUGGGCAUACAAGCUACCAGCAAUGGGCAUAUACUAUUGUCCCCUGUCCUGAGGCCAGGGUACAACGACCCUGUGUAUGAGAUUGUGGUCGGCGGCGGCGGUAACCAAUUCACUGAACUAAGGAGGAACUUGAAGAGAAAUGCCCGCAACUCGGUCAAAACACCAAGAAUAUUAUCCAGUUUUGAAGUCCGAGGAUUCUACAUCAAGAUAUCUCAUGAUGGUCUAAUAGAAUUUGGCAAGGAAGGCGAAACUCUACCUCUGCUGCAGUACAAUGAUAUUAACCCUCUUGAAAUUAAAUACUUUAGUUUCGCUGCGUGGACGGGCGUUGAAGCUAAAUUCUUGUACGACUGUCCAAUACCCACUGGUGGAUCUUCGCCCAACUCUAAAGAGAUUGAACCUUCAAUGUCAAUAUCUGAUCAGCUGAAGAGGACUCUUCUGUUAUAUCGGUUGCCAUGGAUACCCCCAAAACCGACCAUGGAUGUAAAAGUAGGAAUUAAAGUGACCAAUGUAAAAUAUGAUCCGUUUAUUUCGAAACUCAGCACUUCGAUGUCUAUUGUCACUAGUUGGACUGAUGAAAGCAUGUCGUGGUACUCAGGCAAAUAUGGAAACAUUACAAGUCUCAAGUUUCGACAAGGACAGAUAUGGAGACCUAAGUUUUAUAUUUUUAAUUCUGACAAGCAGAUGCCACUCGAAGCAAUGUAUUCAGAUUUAGUCUCAAUGGCGAACACUGGCGAAGCGACCUUUCAUUUCCAAUCCACGGUUUCCACUUGGUGCGUCGAUACACCACCCGGCUACAGCAAGUGGCCACGUGACGAAUACUUGUGCUCUAUAGUAAUUCAACCGUGGGAAGCACACGAAAAGAUCUCAAUAGACAUUAUUGAACCAAAUAAUAGCAAAAUGCACAUUUUUUCAGAUGUGGAUAAACAAAUUGAAAAUCAAUGGGAAGUGAGUAUAAAGCAAUUGGUGAUAAAGCCGACGGUAUGGAACCAAGUUUAUAUCAGUGAUGACAACGAAACACAUCAGAGUGAUCGACUUAUACUCAGCCUACAAUUGAAAAGAAGAGCCACUGCUUUCAAUAUUGUAUUCUAUACUCCUUUAUUGGUACUCUUGAUGUUCGUUCUAAUGUCGUUUUGGAGCGAACCUCUGACUAUGGAAAGGAUUUGGUUUCUCGCUGGAUGUACCAUUGUAAUUACUAUGGGACUCUGCUAUAUGGACUUCUUAAUACCUUCACACUUGAUACCUUCUAUCCUGAUAUUUUAUACUACAGUUUUAAUGGGCGUACUGAUAGCGCUACUGAUUCAAGCACUGCUAAUAACAGAUGUAUUUGAAAAGUUCCGUAACUUAGCAUUUGUGCAGAAGAUUUUGAAUGCACACGUAUUUAGAAUAAUUUUCUGGCUACCAGCAUACACGAAAUCAUCAAACAGGAACGGAGGAUACUCAUUGCAAGAAGAUGAAGAACCACAGUCUCCGAUAACAAGAGGUGAUGUAGAAGAGAUGGAGAAAGAAACGCCAAGGACAUGUGGAGACAAGAAAGAGUUAGCGGAAGUUAUAGACAAAAUUAUGUUCGUGAUUUACUUCGUUACUUUCAUUUCUAUGUUAGCUGCACAUUACUGAGUAUUUUUUGGCGUGUUGAGUAAAGAUU